ACUACAACACUACUCGUACAACCAACCAACCUCGUAUUGAACACAUACUCGCUGCCAGACCCAUUUGCUCGCACCCAAUUCUACUUCAAAGUUUCUCAAACCAACCUUGCAAAUCCAAUCCAAUCCAAUAAGUCAUCAUGGAAGCCGUUAAGAACGUUCUGCAUAAGAUCGCUGGAGAUGACAAGGAGGAGGCCGCCAGAGAACCCAGCCCUGCGGAUCUUCAAGACCUGAAGGACAGAUACACAAAGGCAAAGCAGGAACAGGUAUUUGCUUUCUACGAUGAGCUGAAUGUACCGGAGAAGGCUGCACUAUUCGAACAACUAUCCUCCUUCGACCCAGCGAGAAUAAACACCAUCACAGACAGAGCCCUUAACCCUCCUGCACAGACAAAAGAUGCCAACCAAGAAUCGGGGCUCGAACCCCUCCCAGACUCUGCAACAGCCAGUAUCCUCGAUUCCAAGGCCGAAGACAUCGAAAGGUGGUACCAAUCAGGACUGGAUUUGAUUGCACAAAACAAAGUUGCUGUGGUGCUCAUGGCAGGAGGACAAGGAACACGAUUGGGAAGUUCAGAUCCCAAGGGCUGCUUCAACAUCGGUCUGCCGUCCGAAAAAUCCCUUUUUCAGAUCCAGGCAGAGCGAAUUCGGAAAGUCCAGCGAUUGGCACGUAAGAAAAGCGGGGAGGGAGAGGUGGUGGUGCCGUGGUAUGUGAUGACCAGUGGACCUACGAGGGGACCUACCGAGAAAUACUUCCGGGAGCACAACUAUUUUGGGUUGGACGAGAAGAAUGUCAUGUUUUUCGAGCAGGGAGUCUUACCUUGUAUCUCGAAUGAUGGCAAGAUUCUGUUGGAGAGUAAGGGAAGGGUGACGGUUGCUCCGGAUGGCAAUGGAGGUAUCUACGAGGCAUUGGUCAAAUCUGAUGUCAAGACUGAUAUGGAAAAGCGAGGUAUUCAGCACAUUCAUGCUUACUGUGUGGAUAACUGCCUGGUAAAGGUCGCGGAUCCAGUAUUUAUUGGAUUUGCCGCCUCGAAGGAUGUCGAUAUCGCCACGAAGGUCGUCCGAAAACGCAACGCAACAGAGUCCGUUGGUCUCAUUCUCCUGAAGAAUGGCAAACCAGAUGUCGUCGAGUACUCUGAGAUAGAUAAGGAGACUGCUGAAGCCAAAGAUGCAAAGCAACCUGAUGUUCUCAAGUUCAGAGCCGCCAACAUUGUUAACCAUUACUACUCAUAUCGCUUUCUCGAUACUAUUCCUGCUUGGGUACACAAGCUACCUCACCACGUUGCUCGCAAGAAGAUCCCAUAUGUUGACACCAACAAGGGGACUACUAUCAAGCCGGAGAAGCCCAACGGGAUCAAGUUGGAGCAGUUCGUAUUCGAUUGCUUCCCGAUGCUUGAGCUCAAGCAAUUCGCUUGUAUGGAAGUUAAGCGUGAGGAUGAGUUCUCGCCUCUGAAGAACGCUAGAGGCACUGGUGAAGACGAUCCAGACACCAGUAAGAAGGACAUUAUGGACCAAGGCAAGAGAUGGGCACAGGCUGCUGGUGCCACUGUCGUCAGCGAACGCAGCGAUGAUGGAAUUGAGAUCUCGCCAUUGAUCAGCUACGGUGGAGAAGGUUUAGAAAAGCUGAAAGAUCAGACUGUCACGGCUCCUGCUGUGUUGGAGAAGGAGUUGAAGUGAGCGGUGACGAAGACUACGUUCCAAAAGUACUGUUUUGUUAUAAAUAGAUGAUAUCAAUGCCAGCAUAUUUUGGUCGAGGAUAUUCUCCGGACAACCUUGUCACAACUGUGGAGCCACUGGAUGUUCUUCGUGCAUUCACGAGGGAUAUUGGGGCAUAUCUAAUGUUCUAGUCUGGAAACGGGCUAUCCUUCCAACAUCAUACCGACCGUGGGUCACAUAGAUAGAUGGUUAUUGGGCUCGAAGUUUCUUCUUCGUCCUUCAACUAAGUUCCCUCAAGUAAAUGAGCAAUCCCCAGAAGGGCUGAUAUUCUCG